UCCAGAUUUCGCAGGCCAGCACUGCGCAUCCGAGACCGCCGCUCCUCUCCACCCGCACACGACUCUCCUCUCUCCGCUCCAUAUAUCUCUCCCUCGACUCGGCGCCUCAAGUCCCUCACCCACGCUCCCUUGCCCGCUCCGCUCUCUGCCUCGCCGACUCGCUCUCUCUCACCCAACACACGCACACUUGAGCGCGCGCUCCUCUCCGCCGCGCCACCUAUCUCCCUCUAGCCAGUGCAGCAGCCUCUGGCAGGCCUGCACUCUCCUCCCUCUUCGACACCAUGACUCUCGACGCUGCCGAGCCGCUCGGCGCCCAGCGCCGCAUGAACCGGCACCGCCGUGCCUCGGCCGACGGCGCCGGCUCGCGUCCGGCGCAGUGGCAGGCCCGCGAUGCCGCUGCCAUUCGCCGUGAGGUCGAGCGCGCGCACGACGAGGCCGUCGAGCGCCGCCAGUUCGGCUUCUUCCCGCCUGACUCGGGCAACUCGCGUCCCGUCACGCCCGCGCCCGGUGCUGGCGGCGACGAGGAGGACGACGGACCGACGCCUGCGACCACCACGCCCGCUGCGACGACGACACGGCCCACGACGACAGCGGCGUCCACGCGCCCGCUGACGACGUCGACGUCCGCGACGCGCUGCCAGGGCCUGCUGAACUGCAUUGCCGAGCCGUUCACGCGCCAGCGGACGACGAGCUCGUCGACGCUCUCGUCCACCACAUCGUCGAGCAGCUCCACGCACUCCUCCACGCGCACCACCAGCAGCGUCAGUAGCGACACGACGACCUCGUCGUCGACCUCAUCAUCUCCCACCUCCUCUCUCACCUCUUCAUCGACGCCUACGAGCACCUUCACGCCGACGCUCACUACGCCGACUCCCUCGACGGCCACGGCCGUUGCGUUUGUCACGUCGUCAAGCAUCGCCUCGCUGGCCUCGGCCACGGCGUCGCUCGAGCCCAAGUCCGAGGGUCCCGGCGCCGGCCCGAUCAUCGGCAUCGUGGCCGGUGCGCUGGCCGGUGUGGCCGUGCUGGCGGCGCUCAUCGGCUUCCUGGUGAAGAAGUACAAGAGCUCGAAGGAGGACCCGUACGAGGCGAAUCCCUUCGACCGGGACGACUUCCGCCGGCAGAGCGCCAUGCUGCCGGAGCACUUUGACGACGAGGACGGCCACCAGCCGUCGAUGUCGGAGCACCACCACGCCAGCAUCGCCUCGGGCGGCUACGGCAUGGACCAGCACGACAGCAUGGGCGCCGGCGUCGGUGCCGGCAUGGCUGGCGCUGCCGCAGCGGGCGCGUACGGCGCGCACGCCGCGCACAACCAGGGCGGCCCGCGCCCGCCGACGAUGUUCGAGCGCCACAUCAACGGCCCGGCGGCGCAGUACAGCAACGCACCGCCUGUGCCGACCGUCGGAGCCUACUUCAACCAGGAGCCGGCGCCCUCGCUGCCGCCGAUUGCCUUCGGCACCGGCGGCGACCCGUACUCGCUCGCCGGCGUCGGCAACUCGCACAGCCAGAUGAACAACGUGAACCCCUACGCACACCUUAACCGCGGCCCGUCGCUCAACGGCUACGGCGCACCGCAGCAGCAGCAGUACCACCAGCAGGCGCCGCAGUACGACGACGCUGGUGCCUACGGCGGCCGGCCUCAGUCGGGCAGCAGCACGCACAGCGGCCCCGCAGCGCGCGACUUGACGUCGCCGUUUGCCAACCCGCACGACCAGCAGCAGCAGUACGGCCAGGCCAUGGGCGGCGACGAGCACGCCACGCGCGACUACAACUACUCGACCACCGGCCGCCCGCAGACGUCCGAGGGCCGCAGCGGCACGCCGGACCUGCCCGACGUGCAGCAGACGUACCAGCUCGACGACGAGGCCGUGCCGCAGCAGCAGGCGCAGGCGCCCGAGGCGCCGCGUUCCGCCUCGCCGUUCGGCGCCCUCGACGCCCACGGCAACGCGCCGCUGCAGGUGCGCAACCUCAUGCCGGGCAACCAGCACGCUGCGCGCCCGCUCAGCACCAACUCGACGGCCGACCCGUCGGACGCCUACGGCGGCUGCUACUGAACGGAUCAUCUCGCGGCACUGGACGGUCGCUCUCGCACGCACCGAUGAGCACGCCGCCGCACCCGGAUCUCGGUGACCACGACUCUAUUCGCUUCGUCUCCUGCUCGUUGUCUCUCUCGCCGUCGUCGCGCGCCCUCAAAGACAGAGCCCUGGCGGCCGGCCCGACGCGCGCCCCUCCUCUCCUCCCUCUUUUGCAAUCACAUUCCUGAUCUACCACGCUCUUUCCUCUCUUGCUCGGCCUAUCCGGCGCCUUCAUGUGCUGCUGCUCGUCACCCCAGUCGUGCCGGCGCGUCACCACACCGGACCUUCCCGUUCCUCGGUGUCGCCUGGGCAUGGCCUGCGCACCGCGCGGCCUCGUCGGCGCCUGCCACACCCUGUACAUACUAGCCACCGUGAAAAACCCAAGGUACCUCGCUCUAACUUAUCUCAUCACUCU